UGUUUUCUAGAAGAGAACAAAGAAAGUGGCGAGUGAGAGAGAGAGAGAGUGUGAUGAGAGGAGGAGAUACCUCAACAUUGUUUUCUCUGCAACCUUAAGCUGGGGCAUCAUUUUUGCAGAGAUGGAAUGAAGUGGUGGUGGUGGGCUUUUUUUAACGGCGUCAAGUAUAGCUUAAGUACUAAGAGGUUUGAAGUUAUCAAAGACUAAGACGUUUACCUCGAAACAAUCUAGGCCCUUCAUAAAUUUACAGAAGAUAUGCUGAACUUACCAAAUUCAUGAACCUGCGAUAUGGAGGUAGGUGCAGCUAACAUGUAUUUUAGGAACUUUACCUAACUCUGUCGAUCAACUACUUAAAGGCCUAUGCGAACAGAUCAGACAAACUCGUCUUUCUUGUGAUCUUGUCCCAUUCUGACUUCUCGCAUCUAAAGCUUCACCAUUGCCAACGCCACCUUGGGCUCCUCUUAACAAUGUCGAUUUCUGAUGCCCUGCAGUCUCAUCCUCCCCAUGUAGCUCUCCUCCCCAGUGCUGGGAUGGGCCAUUUGACACCCUUCCUCAGACUUGCUGUACAGCUCGUCCGUCACCAUUGCCGUGUCACCCUCAUCACCGCCCACCCCACCGUCUCACUCGCCGAGUCUCAGUUCAUCUCCCGUUUCUUCUCUGCUUUCCCUCAAGUCUCUCAAGUGCAAUUCCAUCUCCUCCCUUUGGACCUUUCCUCCGCCAACUCUACCGACCCUUUCUUUCUCGGAUUCGAAGCAAUGCGUCGCUCGGCUCACCUUCUCUCUCCUCUCCUCGCCUCACUUUCUCCACCUCUCCAUGCCUUCAUCUAUGAUGUGAGUUUGAUUUCCUCUGUCAUUCCAGUUAUUGAAGCCCUAAAUAUCCCUAACUAUAUCCUCUUCACAUCAUCAGCCAGAAUGUUCUCUUUCUUUUCAUACUUCCCCACCUUUACAUCCAAAUCUAAUGACGAUCCUGCUGUGUUUGAUGAUGUUGUUGAAAUUCCAGGCCUUAUGCCAGUACCCAAAUCGUCUAUCCCUCCUUUGCUUCUUAUCCCGAAUAAUCUCUUUGCAAAAAUAUUCAAGGAAGACAGUUAUAAAGUAGCAAAAUUAACUGGGGUUUUCAUCAAUACCUUUGAAGGACUUGAAGCAGAGUCACUAGAGGCGCUCAAUGGCGGGAAAGUGAGAGAGGGGUUGCCAUCUGUGUUUGCGGUUGGACCUUUAGCGGUAUGUGAGUUUGAGAGAGUAGAGUGUGGUGAUCAGUUGAAGUGGCUCGAUGAGCAGCCGGUGGGGUCGGUAGUCUAUGUUAGCUUUGGUAGUCGGACAGCCAUGUCGAGGGAUCAAAUAAGAGAGAUAGGGAAUGGGUUAAUCAAAAGUGGGUGUAGAUUUUUGUGGGUGGUGAAGGACAAGAAAGUUGACAAAGAGGAAGAAGAGGGUCUGGAGAAUGUAGUGGGGCAUGAGCUCAUGGAGCGUAUGAAGGGAAAGGGAUUGGUGGUGAAGACUUGGGUGGACCAAGGAGAGAUACUGGCUCACAGAGCUGUGGGAGGGUUUGUGAGCCAUUGUGGAUGGAACUCGGUGGUUGAGGCUGCUUGGCACGGUGUGCCGAUUUUAGCCUGGCCGCAGCAUGGGGAUCAGAAGAUUAAUGCGGAGGUGGUAGAGAGGAGUGGGCUUGGGAUGUGGGUUAGGAGUUGGGGGUGGGGUGAACAGGUUGUGGUAAAGGGGGAAGAGAUUGGAGAGAGGAUUAGAGAGAUGAUGGAGAGUAAGUUGUUGAGAAGGGAAGCUGCAGGGGUUAAAGAAGAGGGAAGAAAAGCUCUUAGAGAUGGUGGAAGUUGUGGGAUAACGUUUAUGCGACUUUUUGAAGAGUGGCAGAUGAGCAAUAGGAGCAUUUGAUGAUACACCAAUGAUGGUGGAAAAUAAUUUUUGCACAAUUAAAAGUGUACAAUUUUUACAUAACUAAAAUACAUCGGCGGGAUUCAUGCAUAUGAAUUAUGCGGAUCUCACCGAUGUGUCUUAAUUAUGUAAAAGUUGUGGUUAUGCAACUUACACAUCCCAAUGAUGGUCUCUAUUGAGAAAUGAUGCUUUUGGUGGUCGUGAACCAGAGAGACUUGUAUCUCCCAACUUUCCCCGACUCCCUCUCUUCAUGUCAAUGUUUUUUCCAAAAUUUUCUCUUCUCCCUUAGCCCAACUCCGACUGCCCCCCUUUUUUGGGUCUGCAACUUAAAGCAAGAUUUACCGUGCUCUGCCCACACUCCUAUCCUUCGGCACCAUUGGCGUCUGCUCAACAUACGCUGCUACAUCUACUGCCUCUUUUUGGUCCACGAGUAAGAGCGUUGGCUCAUCUUUUACUUUUUUUCUGAUCUCUAAAGCUGAUACUUUCUUUUUGCCUUCGGAGCCCUAGAUAUGGUUGUCAAUCCCAUUUUGGUAUCCACAAAGCUUUUACUAUUGGGUACAGCCCUUAUCAGACACCGUGGAGAAGCUUCUCUUCGAUGCCUCCGAUCCAACUUUCUUCAAUGUUAAUUUUAUUGUUGUGAAGCGUCUUUACGCUUGCGGCAGUUGUUACUGUGUAGGUAGUUCUAUUACUACUGCAAACGGCCCUUUAUGGUGGCAUAAGUUCUCUUAAUGAUUCAGGUCAUAUAUUUAACUCAUUCCCAUAAUUGUAAGUUUUAUAGCACUAAUUUAUGUUGUUUUGAGGCUUUGA